UAAUGUCCCACCAAUUUUCCGGGAUCCUUCCGCAUUCGGCAGGUUUAUCUAAAUUAACUCUCAUUUGACAUUAGCACUACCAUCAUCACUCGAUAGUAUAUUCAAAUUGGACAUAGAGUGAUGCAUGUUUGUUGGGUGUAUCUCUGCUAUCAGCCGCCUUUAUUCAGCACUUUCCGAUGAUUUUUCACUAUGGUGUGUGUUUGAGAAAAGGCAUUUCUGAACCUUGAAUGGAGAUUCAGUUUUGUAAUUGAAUUAUGGCUUCAUCUAGCUAGGUUGUAGCCAAGCUUGUGAAGAUUCAUCGGCUCUGCCCUUCCAAACGAAAUGGGACUAGUUUUGCUAACAUUGUGCUUGCUUGUGGAAUCUGCUGCCUCUGGCUUGUUGGAUCAUGAAACGGAUUGUGGCAAGUACCAUGUUAGUAACUCAAAUGAUCCUAGUCGCCAACUCUUCUAUAUCAACGGCAAAUUGGUAGAGCGGUAUUUAUUCUGCAAGGCUAUGCGCAAUCAUCACGAGAGACAAUGCUUUGUUCAGGACAAUAUCAGAAACAAGUAUUGCCAGUCAUUAGAGAAACUGCCUUUGCUGUCUGGCAGAAAAUCCCUCCACGCUGUUGCUAGAGACGGAUAUAGUGAGAUUGAUUCUGAUAAAAUAACUUUGGGUGGAAAGGAUAAAUAUGACAAUCCUAUAUCAAAACCGAAAAUGCUAGCCAUGGCAGCGCCGGCUUUCUUUCUUUUGUGUUGUACUUUAGUCUGUCCGUGCUUUCAGGCAAGGAAAAAGGAUUCUGGUCAUACUCUCUCCAGGGAACCAAAUUCAACUGAUGCAUUUACAUCUUUAGAAAUGAAUCCUAUACUUGAAAAGAUUGUUGGCAGCCCACAAAGAGUUCCGCCGAGCCCCUUGAGAGUGCCCCCAAGUCCUUCAAGAUUUUCAAUGUCUCCGAAACUCAAUAGGCUCGGAUCUGUUCGUUUAAAUAUGCACCAAGUUUUGAAGGCGACCCAAAACUUUUCAUCUUUAUUAAAAAUAGGUGAAGGAGGGUAUGGAACUGUUUACAGGGGCGAACUACCAGAUGGCCAGGUUGUAGCUAUCAAACGAGCAAGAAAGGAGCAUUUUGAAGCUCUGCGAACUGAGUUCCGAAGUGAAGUCGAACUUCUAGCUAAAAUCGAGCAUCGCAACCUAGUGAAGCUUCUAGGUUAUCUUGAAAAAGGAAACGAACGCCUGAUCAUCACGGAGUAUGUUCCCAAUGGUACCCUUAGGGAGUAUUUAGACGGUAUCAAGGGAAAGAUAUUGGAUUUCAAUCAGCGACUUGAGAUUGCCAUCGAUGUUGCUCAUGGCUUAACGUAUCUCCAUCUAUAUGCCGAGAAGCAGAUAAUCCACAGGGACGUUAAGUCCUCUAACAUUCUGCUGACGGAGAGCUUGAGAGCCAAAGUCGCAGAUUUUGGAUUUGCUAGGCUGGGAGACGACACAGAGAAAACUCACGUAUCGACCAAAGUAAAAGGGACAGUGGGUUACCUCGAUCCCGAGUAUAUGAAGACGUAUCAACUUACGACAAAGAGCGAUGUGUACUCGUUCGGGAUACUGCUUAUAGAGAUAUUAACCGGGCGUCGGCCCGUGGACCCCAGAGGAGCGCCAGAUGAGAGGGUGACUGUGAAAUGGGUUUUUCGCAAGUACAACGAAGGGAGAUUCUGGGAGAUGGUGGAUCCUCUGCUACAUGAGAAGAUAGGCAAGGAGAUAUUGGAGAAGAUGUUUGGUUUGGCUAUCCAGUGCGCUGCACCAACACGAGCGGAUCGGCCGGAUAUGAAAGCCGUGGGAGAGCAGUUGUGGGGGAUUAGAAUGGACUACUUCAAGAGUGAGAGAAGAUAGUGAACGUAAGUUGUGCUGUGUUGAUGCUUUGUUUGCUGCUCAAUCACUAUUCUUAUAGAGUUUCAUGCAUCAAUUUCAUUCA